AUGACGGGCCGCUGGCAGCCCUAUAUGUACGCGGCGCAAAGGGACUCCAUGGCCGACACGGAUCCUACGCAGCCCAUAUUCGAUCCCAAGGCAGUUACCAGGGCGAGUCGUAUGCCUGCUUCGCCACCGAAGAAGAAGAAAGAGGGUCCUUUGAUCGACUUCAACCAACACCCGGAUAGCUAUCUGGUCCUUCCGUAUGGCAAGACGGACGCAAAACCCAUGACCAACAAAAUCAAGACUUUCAUCAACAUUGCGCGAUGGACGCAGUUUGCGCUCAGGCUGCUUACUUUGUGUGGCGCAGUUGGUGUUUUGUUGUGCGGAAUCUUCAUCCAGGGCGCGCAGGAUUCAGAAGGAUACAUAAUGAGGGUCCCGCCUUGUGUGGACCUCGGUGUCUGCUUGUACGCGGUAUACCACUUACUUCGAAAUCCCAAAACGCGACCAGCCGGUAGCUCCGCCAGCUACCACUUCUUUGCCCUCGUCGCCGACUGCAGCUUCAUCCCGUUUUACGUCUUCACGGUGCUCAUGGCCCGACGCAACGCCGACAUGCAGGCUGGAACAACGGGACGCUGGCGGACAAUGUUCCCUACCGACGCGGAAACGGACAAGGUUCUCAUGUCAACUUGGCUUACGGGAAUAACUGUUGGUGCUCUUCAUCUGGUGUCUACUUUCCUCGACAUGUACCUUGCACUCGUUUUCCGAAAGAUUGCGAAACUGCCCCCGGACAUGAAUCCUCUCGAGGACAACCUGACGUCGCGCCGAAAGACCAAGCACAAGCACAAGAACUCGUCGAUAUCUGCCUCUACUCCUCUGACUUCCUACCAAGAGAAGCGUUUCAGUGACCAGAGCACUGUGGCCGGCGAUCAAACUUCCAGGCCUGUUUCGCUCAUCUACAGCGAUUUCAAGAGCCCAGAAAAGGCAAUCCCUUUUAUGCAUACGCGAACGGCCUCUGAUAUCACGUACUCGCCACAUACACCCGCUUCCGCUCGUCAGUCAAGAGAACGACAGUCCUUGUACUCGCAACCAGCGUCUGCGCAUCAGUCGCGCAAGGAUCUGAAUAACCGUGGCGACCUUUUGAGUCGUCAAGACAGUGACCACCAGACUCUGGCGCAGCGCAAGUCGAUGCUCUCUGAAAAGGCAAACAUCAAGCGACACUCGCGCAAUGACUCGUACAUCACAACCGCAUCGAGACAAGACAUAUACAACCCGACUGGCGAGAACGAGGCCGAGAAACAAGACGCAGCCGGCGAUCUGUCUCUCCAGCGCAACUCGCAACAAAGCCUCAAGCAAGACAACUGGUUCGUCUACCCAGAGCAAGAGGGAGAAGAGCACGAGGAGGAGCAUGAAAUCCCCGCCCCAACUCACCGCCAAUCCAUGUUCUCCUCCAACAAGGGCUACACAACUGUGUCCCGCUACGAAGAAGAAACGUCCGACAUGGAAGAAGACGAAGCCGCCGCCAAACACCUAAUCCCGCAACCCCUCUCCAUGAACCCCCCAACCCCACCGCCCGCCACAUCCCGCGAGAAAUCCGUCGAACGAACCCUCUCCCGCUCCUCCAGCACACGAAAAACACGUUCCUACGCCAACCUCCAACCCACCGCGUCCCAAACCCCCCGCUACUCCCUCUCGCCCUCGCCUUCCCCCUCCCCCGCAAAAAACGCCUUCACAUCCCGCCCCCAAACAUUCCACCAAUACCCCAGCCAACAAAACACACCAAAUCACCUCCCUUCGGCCACAAAACAAUACGCCGUAAACACCCCCCCUCCCGCCGUGCCCUCCCACACCUCCAACAACCCCACAUCCCCAUUCUCCCUCCACAAAAAAUCCUACACCAGCAUCAAACGCACGGGCGAAACAGGAUACACGCCGCAGAAAGCGCAUUCGCCGCGUGUGGUCAGUCGCUCGGGUGUGGAUUACGUUAAUCCGUAUGAGUUUGAUGAUGGUGGUGAGGAUUUGGGGACGUUGAGUCUUGGACGCGGGGGGCGGAGACGUGACGUUAGUGGGAAGAUUGCUGAGGAGGGGAGGGGUGGGAUGACGGUUGUGCAGAGGAGGGUUAGUGGUGUUGCUGCUGCUUAUUAG